AUGGUACUUUGUUGUUCGGCUGUUUCUGCUGUUGAGCAGGCGAAGCGGUUGGCUGCCGUUCAAGCCGUUUCUGAACACUUCUCUACCAAUUUCAAAUAUGUUGGAAUAGGCUCCGGAAGUACGGUCAAAUACGUCGUCGAAGCAAUCGCUGCAUCACUUGCUAAAGCCUUCCCGGCCGCGUCGACACGGCCUUCCGAUACACGGAGCACAAGCGCUACGAGCGCAUACGAUAUUCAAUUCGUUCCCACUGGAUAUCAGAGCAGACAAAGCAUCCUCGAUUGCGGAUUGACCCCUCUCCUCUUCGAUCAUCUACCGAACGACGUCAUCCUAGACGUUGCCUUUGACGGUGCUGAUGAGGUGGAUGAUGACUUGAAUUGCAUAAAGGGUGGAGGGGCAUGCUUGUUUCAGGAGAAGUUGGUGAUAGAGAAAGCAAAGAAGUUCGUCUGUGUCGCAGAUUAUCGCAAGGCUCAGAGCAGGCUCUUGACCGUCUGGCCUUCAAUCCCAAUCGAGGUCGCUCCAAUUGCUUCCCACAUUGUCUUGAUGGCGUUGGAAAACCUGGGUUCAGUAAAGCCUGCUGUUCGAGCCGGAGUCCCGGCGAAGUCAGGACCACUCAGGACCGAUCAGGCUUUCUAUAUCAUCGACGCUCCUUUCCCCACCCUGCUACUUCGGUCCGAUAUCCAGGGACCAGAUGAUGGGAAUGGGAAGAAUGGACGAUGGGAGGUUUCAAGAUUGUCAGAAGCGAUCAAGAACAUCACGGGUGUCCUAGAGGUCGGCAUUUUCAGCGGAUAUGACGGUUACGAGACGGAGAAACUUGGCCUAGGGAAAGGCGGUCAGAAACCUGUUGCGGUAUAUUUUGGCAUGCAAGAUGGGACCGUCACCAUCCGAAUGUCAAAGAACAGGUAGGCAUCACCAUGAUUAAUGAAACUAUGAAUAGACGUUAGCGGGAAUUGGACCUUAAUUCGCAUAGUCCUCAAUAGACAAGAAUUGUUCAUCAUCAUCCAGUGUCAACUCCAAAGCCACGGACUCCCUCUUCCUUGAAAGAAGUGGCAGGUUCCC